AUGCACGGCGCCACAGCUGCGGCCUCGCGCCACGUUGGCGGCGCCUGCAGGGGGGCGGUUGCUGCUGCGCUGCGGUAUGCAAACUUGAGCCUCAGGAGCAGCAAAUGCUGUUUCACCAAUCUUGCUGCUGCCAGCACCAAAAAAACCCCCACGUCUGUCGGCAGCAGCGACCCAACUGCUGCUGCAGACAGGCGCAGCUCCGUGCCGAUUUCCGCGUUCAACCAGCCCCGCGCAGAGCUCACCCAGCUGCCAAACGGCAUUCGCGUGGCUUCUCAAAGACUCCCCUUUUCAGAAACAAUAACUGUAGGGGUUUGGAUUGACAGCGGAAGCCGUUUUGACCGGAAGAGUACAAAUGGCGCGGCUCACUUCCUGGAGCACAUGGCCUUCAAGGGCACCAAGAAGCGCUCGCGCAUUCAACUCGAGCAGGAAAUCGAGAACAUGGGAGCCCACUUAAAUGCCUACACUUCUCGCGAACAAACAGUGUACUACGCGAAAGCGUUUAAGAAGGACCUUCCGCAGUGUCUAGACAUCCUCUCGGACAUUUUAUUGAACUCCACGAUUGACAAAGAAGCUCUUGAAGUUGAGAAAAGAGUUAUUUUGAGGGAAAUGGAAGAAGUUGAAAAACAAACUGAAGAAGUCAUCUUCGACAGGCUGCACAUGACGGCGUUUCGGGACAGCCCGCUGGGCUUCACGAUCCUGGGGUCUGCGGAGAACGUGGAGAAGAUGCAGCGCGAAGACCUGCUGGACUACAUCGCGCGGAACUACAGCAGCAGCCGCGUGGUGGUGGCAGCAGCAGGCGAAGUGGACCACCGCCGGCUGGUGGACCUGGUCCAGUGGUCCUUCGCAAACCUCCCUCCUCCCAAACCCCAAACCAUUGCCCUCCCAAACCCUAAACCCUUUUUCUGCGGCUCCGAACUCAUCUACAGAGACGACGACAUGGGCCCCAUUGCCCACAUCGCAGUCGGCUUCGAGGGCGUCCCCUGGAAGUCCCCCGACGUGGUGGCGUUCAUGCUGAUGCAGGCGAUCAUCGGGAGCUACAGAAAACACGAGGAGGGGCUGGUGCCGGGGAAGCUGAGUGCGAACACGACAGUGCGGAACAUCGCGACGAAAAUGCAAACUGGAUGUGCAGAAAUGUUUUCAGCUUUCAAUACUUGUUACCGGGACACUGGGCUCUUCGGCUUCUACGCGCAGUGCGACGAAGUCGCCGUCGAGCACUGCGUUCUGGACCUCAUGCACGGGAUCACGGCUCUUUCCUACAGCGUCACCGACGAGGAAGUUGAACGCGCGAAGGCGCAGCUGACGACGCAACUGCUCGGCCAUCUGGACUCGACAACUUCCGUCGCUGAAGACCUGGGCCGGCAAAUUCUAGUCUACGGCCGCCAUGUCCCCACUGCGGAGUUCCUCAUGCGCCUCAACGCAAUCGACGCCGACGAAAUUAAACGAGUCGCCUGGAAAUACCUCCACGACAAAGAAGUGGCAGUGAGCGCGAUGGGGCCUCUGCACGGAAUGCCGCAGCUAAUUGACAUCCGGCGGGCAACUUACUGGCUGCGGUACUAA